AUGGGCAAGAAAUCCUCGUCAGCAACCGCUCCAGCCGCCGCGGAACCCGACACCUCCUUCUCCAUCGACGACAUCUUCGCCUCCAAGCCCAAACCCAAAUCCAAAACCCCCAUCUCCACAUCAUCCAACGCCGUCGCUUCCUCCUCUAAGGCUCCCGAGCCAACCAAGAAGAAGAAGAAGAAGGUCAACGUCAUACCUGUUUUCAUCCCUGAUGAGCCAUCAGCGUCCGCUGCGGGCGGUGCAGAGGCGAUAACGGGCGAAGCGGAUCGGAAGAGCAAGAAGGCGAAGGUGUCGGGGUCGGCGUCGGUCUCGUCAGAGCCAACCCGGGUGGUAGAGGAGGUCUUGGAUCCUUCUAUACCGAGACCAGCUGCACCGUCACAUGUGCCAGCUGGGACCUCGGCGGCGACGGGAACGGCGAAAGGAAAGAAGCGGGAAAAGCGGAAAGAGGCGGCUGAGGACGAUGAGAUGUUUGCGGAUUCAAGAGGGACUGGACCCAGGAGGAAGACAGAAGAGGGUUUCCUGAUCUACAAAGAGGCGGAACUGCAGAUCGACCCAGAAGCAGGAGGCACACCGCUCUGUCCGUUCGAUUGCGAAUGCUCAGGCUUCUAA